AUGUGCGACGGGGAAAAGAUGGCGGCGGCCAUGGUACAAAUGUCAUGUUUGUAUCGUGGGAUGUUAGCGGUCAGAGCAACUGGCAUUCGACCCCUUAUUCCAGGACUUGUGCCAUCUCAGUUCAGGGCGUUUUCGAUCAAGAAAGACCCGGAGUUAGAGGAAAAUCCCUAUUAUAGUAAAUAUGAAGAGAAGAUCAAGAAGCUACGGAGCUCAAAACCUCAAGAAUAUAAAGCUCGAUUGGAGAAGCGCAAUGACAUGAAGACGGAGCCGCUCGGAAACUCAAGACAAGCAGAAUAUGUGAAGUACAUGGAAGAGGAGUUGGAUAAACGAGGUGAAGCAGGUUCUGGCGGCUUCACCAAAGAUAAGUCAUUAGGAUCAAUUCUCAACCUUGAUAGGGUUCAGGAAAAAUCUGGAACUGAAAUUGGAGAGCUUUGGAUGCAGUACUUCUCAAAGAAAGACACAAUUAGUGCAGUAAUUCCAGGUUCAACAUUUGAAAUAAUUUUUGGUCGUGCCAAAUCAAGCCCGAUGUUUCUAUAUGCUUUGCCCCAGAAAGAGGGCUAUGAAUUCUUUGUCGGCCAAUGGGCCGGUCAUGAGCUGCACUUCACAUCAUUGAUUAAUGUUCAGACUAAGGGAGAGAAUGCACCCAGUCAGCUAAUUUUAUACCACUACACGGACCUGCAGAAGGACAAGGGCAUUGUGCUAAUGACUGCUGAGAUGGAUAGCAAAUUUGUGACUGUCCACCAGGCUCAAUGCUUGGCCAAUCAGGUGCAGCUGUUUUACGGAUCACAGCGGCAUGAGACUUUCCGAUUGGUCGAGACCUUCAACCACAAACCAGCAGAGUUUAAACACAUGUCUGUAAUAGCAGAACUAGAACAGAGUGGAAUAGGAUCUGGAGUCACCACAAAUUAACAAACACUCUAAAGGCAAUAAUGUUGAUAUGGUUGCCAAAUGUGAACUUUUGACUUUUCGGGAGAAAGAGCCGCUCUUGACAUAACUUAUUUAGUGGAUCUCUCAGCUACAACUUGAGAGAAAAACAUGCUCACACUGAUAUAAUUUGAUCAACAAGUAAUGAGUUAAAGAGACUAAUAAGAUUCAUAUAUCAUGCUCUUUUGCUACCGUGUAUGCAGUUUUGUUAACCCAAACCCUUCCAUUUUUAAUGCAUACUGCGUGUACCAUAGGCCUAACAGGCCUUAUAAUACCGUAUGUAAAAUACUGUGGUUGUUUGAUCAUAUGUUAAUGCUGUGUUUGACAUGAAAAAAUGGAAAUUAAUAUGAAGGUAUUAUGAAUCAGAUUACAUUAGAUAUAAGCUUGACUAACAUUGUAAAUACAACCUUGACCUGUUGAGUGAGAAUAUUAAAUAGAUCUGAAUUUACCUCUGGAAAAUACUUGUGUUCCUAUUUCCAUUGUGGUGUAAUUCAUUAUAAAAAGAAGCUUUACACUUUG